AUGGACGUUGUGUGUGCUGAAGCAGCCGUGUUGUCGCAGCAGGCGUGUGUUGCUAGGGGAGCGACGUGUGUGUGCAGCAGGCGUGUGUUGGAGCAGGCGUGUUGCAGUGCUGGCGUGUUGUCGCAGCAGGUGUGUUGUCGCAGACAGACGUGUUGUUGCAGGCAGACUGUUGUCGCAUCAGACUGUUGUGCUGCAGGCGUGCUGUUUUCAGGGCAGGAGUGUUGUUGCUGGCAGACCUUGUUGUUGCAGCAGACGGUUGUUGCAGCAGGCGUCGUUGUUGGUGCAGGCGUGUGUGUUGGCCGCAAGGCGUUUGGUGGCCAACGACGUGGUUGUAGCAGCAGACGUGUUUUGGUUGCAGACGUGUUGUUGCAGAGGCGUGUUGUAUCAGCAGACGUGUUGACUCAGGCAGGCGUUGUGUUGCAGGCAGGCGUGUUGUUUGCAGCAUGCGUGUUCGCAGCAACGUGGUUGUUGACAGACUGGUUGUUACAGACGUGUUGUUGCAGGACGUGUUUGGUUGAAGACAGGCGUGUUGUGGACAGCAGGACUGUUGUCGCAGCAGACGUGUUGUGGCAGCAGGCAGCGUGUUUGUUGCAGCAGAGCGUGUUGUUGGCAGACGUGUUGUUUGCAGCAGGCGUGUUGUUGGCAGCAGACGUGUUGGUUGGCAGCAGGGCGUGUUUGUCGCAGCAGCGUGUUGUUGGCAGCAGCAGUGUUGUCCAGCAGCAGACGUGGUGUUACAGACGUACCGUGGUGUUGCAGCAGGCGUGUUGUUGCGCAGAUGUGUUUGUGGGCAGCAGACGUGUUGCUGCAGCAGGCCCGUUUGUUGCUGCCGGCGCGUUUUGCAUGGCUGGCGGGCGGUGUUGCAAGCAGGCUGUUGUCGGCAGCAAGACGUGUUGUUACAGACGUGUUGGUGAGGUGUUGUUGCAGACGGUGUUGACCGCAGCAUACGUGUUGUUGCAGCAGACGGGGUUGCAAGCAGACGUGCUGGUUGCAGCAGGCGUGUUGGCAGCAGACGUGUUGGUAGCGGCAGAUGUGUUGUUGCAGACGGACGGUUUUGGGCAGCAGACGUGUUGUUUUGCAGCAGACGUGGUUGUUAGCUGCAGACGUGUUGUUGCUGCAGACGUGUUGUUGCAACGCAGGCGCGUGUUGUUGGAGCAGGCGUGUUGUCUCACAGGCCGUGUUGACCGCAGCGACAUUUGUUGUCCGCAGCAGACGUGUUGUCGCAGGCAGACGUGUUGUGGGCUGCGGGGCAGCGCGUGCUGUUGA